AUGGAAGACAUGUCUCUGCCUACACUCCUCGAGCAGGCUCAUAGAAUUCACCUUCUCGCAACCGAUUCUGCCGUUCACAAGGUUCCAUUUUAUAUUGCUGAAUUGAUAGAGAAAAGUGGGCAUGAUGACAGGAUAGAAAAUUUGAAGGUUUCACAGUCUAAGAUAAAGGAAUUUCUUGCAUUCUGUGAUGCAAUGGAGCUUGUACCUGAAGAUGAAUUGGAAACACAUAGUGUUGUAGAUAGAAGGGCUAAGAAGAUUGCUAGGUUUAAGAGGCAACAUGCUGCAGAGUCAAAACUAUUAGAAUUAAAGGAACGUAAAGAACGACGUGGGCGUUCAACUAAAGCUGCAUCCCCCCUUUCUACAUCUACUCUUUCUCCUAGGGAUGAUGAUGAUGUGCUUGAUGAUGAUGAGGAAAGGGAGGCAUGGCUUACAACAAUCUCAUUGGCUAUUUGCAAGGCUCUGGAUCUAAUCGAAAUGCUGAAGAAAGAGGAGGAGAUGCUUUCGGCAAUAAAGGAAAACCAAGCGCAGGAAGGAGGUAUUGAAAUUUCGGAGGCUAUUUUGGAGGAACGCGCGAAAACCGUACAAGACUGGCAUCGAAACGCUGCAGCUCGUGCUCGAUACAUGAAGCCAGCAACACCGAUAACAUGUGCUACUUUUGCUUAG